UCCCGCAGUGUAAAUUGCAUCGCAACCCCCGAUUUCUCUUUCCUUUCUUCUUCCUAUCUCCCAUCUCUCCCUCUCUCCGCCUCCAGCUCAGUACCUUGUCGCCACUGGUUUGGCAAGCCCCCUCCAUUCCUUUGUUUCCUCUGUGGCUUGGUGCAACGUAUCCGUCCGACGAUGAUCUUCAACACUGUCCUUCUAUCCGGAUUGGCUCUGGCCAGCGGCGCGUCCGCGCACAUCUCGAAGCGCUCGCGUUUUGCGCCGUACAACCCGCUGUCUGUUCUGUCCCCCAAGGCCGACAAGGUUGAGCGUGUGAGGUGCUCGUCCAAUGUUUCCAGCGAGGUCUACCAGGCUGCGGAGGACCGCUUCUCUGCUAACCGGAUCCUGAUUGACUCGGACAAUGUCUCCCCGCACUCUGCCAACAUCAGCGUCUACUUUCAUGUCAUCAGCGCCGACGAGUCGGAGGAGAAUGGCAACGUCCCGGACGACCAGAUUUCGCAGCAAAUUGACGUGCUGAACGAGGAUUAUGAGGACACUGGCUUGACGUUCGUGCUCGCCAACACGACGCGCACCGUCAACGAGACAUGGUUCAAGACCGUCGGCCCGGACACCGAUGUGCAGACGGACAUGAAGAACCAGCUCCGUCAGGGUGACGAGGCUGCUCUCAACGUCUACACCGUUGGGUUCGAGAGCGGUACCGGUGCCGGUCUUCUUGGCUAUUCCACGUUCCCUUCGUCCUACGAGGACAACCCUCAGGACGAUGGCGUGGUCAUCAUGUUCUCGUCUCUCCCAGGUGGCAGCCUUGACAACUUCAACCUUGGCAAGACUUUGACGCAUGAGGCCGGCCACUGGGUUGGACUCUUCCACACUUUCCAGAACGGCUGCUCGGACCCUGGUGACAAUGUCGAUGACACGCCCGCGGAGGCUCAGCCCAACAGCGGCUGCCCGACCACCGCUCCGGACACUUGCCCGGACAGCGCUGGCUCUGACCCGAUCAACAACUUCAUGGACUACUCUUAUGACGCCUGCCUUGACAGCUUCUCCAAGGGCCAGAUCUCGCGUCUGCAAGACCAGAUGGCCACCUUCCGUGGCGUCAACUUCGGCUCGUCAUAGGCGGCAAACCCAUUAUGAGCGCCUAUGCGCCCGGUCAUCGUUAUUUAUCGCACGUCGUCGAUGCUGCCCUCUCCUCUCAAAACGGACUCCGCACCGAGCCGUCGCGCGCUCAACAAUCCUUGGACAUUCGCACUCCUUACUACUAACCAAUACCUGCUCCGCCAUCUUAUACCUAUCACUGUUGUCGAUACUUUGGGGCUGGUCUUAGGCCGGUCCUUUUGUUGAUGGAGCAGGUGUAUCUACUGCAUACGAGUGUAGCCUGGAAGUUACCUGUAUCGUUGCACAAGUAAGUGGGGUUUAUGGGGGUAUUUAAAUGCAAGGUGUUAUACUGGA